AAGCACAGUCCCUCACAUGCAGAAGUUGUGGGAUCGUUCACAGACUGCAGUCAAAUUCAAUCCGUGCUCAGUCGAGCCGCUGUCUUUCGCCCCACCACGAUGCUGUAUGUGAUUGUUCCACUGUGGGCUCUGCUCACCGUUUCCCUGCAGACAGCUUCAUCAGCUCGGUGUUCGUGUGAGUUGAUUAACUCUCAGAAGCUGUUCCCUCAUGACAAACUCAGCAGAGUGGAGAGUGAUGCGUCAGAAUGCAACGGCAAGAUCACCAAAGAGAAGUCUCUGGAGCUGGACAGUCUGCUGCUGGGCUUGGACAGACGUCUGCCUCAGCUGCUGGAGGAUGUGUCAAUGCUGACGAAGGAGGAUGACGGAGGCAUUUAUGGAGUUCUCAGCCUGCAAGUGAUCGAGAACGAAAUGAAGGAUAUCAAUCAGCUCAUUGACAAGCUCAACAGCACCACCGUGGGACACCAACAACUCACCAGUGCCACAGCUAAACAGCUGGAGGACUUGAAAGCUGAGAUGGGGGCCCUGGAACUGUACGACACUAUGCAGGUGGUGAAGAAACAACAGUCCAACCAGCGCCUGCGGAGAGAUCUGGACAAGUGCAAAAAUGAAAUUCACCCCGUUAUUCAACCCACUCAGCCUCAACAGGGUAACUGUCCACAUGGUGAGUUUGUGAACAUCACUGGGCCCAGAGUGAACACAGCAGGAGAGUAUCCUGGCUCCUACAAGUAUGGAGCUUGGGGUCGGGAUCCCAAACCGGAGGUGGGGAAAGAGAAGUGGUACUGGCUGGUCAUGUUGACCUCCGGCAACAAACACUCCAACUACGUCCGUCUCUACUCCAGCCUGAGCUCUCUCAUCGUUGGGGUGAGUGUCCCAGGAAAUAUCUUGAUUCAUUCUUCCAACCCGACCACCAACACCAUCCAGGGGCCAAAUAUUGUUCUGUAUGGAGGAGCGUUGUACUACAACUGUUACAACAGAGACGCUGUAUGUCGAUUCAACCUCACCAGUAAAGCGGUGACCAGCUUACAACUGCCCAAAGGCACCAGAUUUAACUCAAAAUCAAACUUCUGCCAAAUUGAUGAAUGCUACCCCUUCACCGACCUGGACCUGGCAACAGACGAGUCGGGCGUGUGGGUGAUCUACACCACCACACAGGACUUUGGCAACCUCGUGUUGUCAAAGGUGGACGACGGGGAGGAGCCGACACUCGGCCAAACCUGGCGCACCUCUCUCUACAAGAUGGGUGUGACCAACACUUUCAUGGCCUGCGGCGUGCUCUACGCUACACGGUACGUAGACAAAGAAACGGAAGAGAUCUUCUAUUCCUUUGACACCGUGACAGGGGUUGAGAAGUUCGACGUUGGAAUCUUCAUCAAGAAAAUGUCUCCCAACAUUUAUUCGCUGAACUACAGCCCUGUGGACCAGAUGCUACAUGCCUACUGUGACUCCAACAUGGUCUCCUAUAAGGUUUUGUUUGAGUAAAUGAACCAUAUAUUUGACAUCAUUCUAGAUUUUGGCUUGCACAAACAAAUAAAUGCUUGAGAGAGGCUGUGAAAUUACUUACUAUUACACAAUGCAUUUGAAUUUAAAAUGUGAUUUAAAAUGUUCUGCUAAUUUCUUUUCUCUUCUCUGAAUGAAGUUGGUUGUACUUGCUGUUCUGUGAUUUGUGGAAUAUAAAAUAUGCUAGAAUUAUCCUUAAA